GCUACAGGAAAAACUAAAGUUUUCCAUCACUUAGGGUUACUCUUCUGUUCUCUAAAUCUUGUGCAGAAGCAAGAAGCGAUUUUAGGUUGUGAAAAUUUUGAGGUACCUGAGUGAAACGCAAGAAACGGAACAGAGCAGUUCAGCAGCUAUGUCCCUUCCUGAAGUUCCGCCAGAAAUUCAGCCACAGAGAACGGAGAAGUCCUAUAGACAGGAAUUCAUAGAGGGGAUGCGGCGGUGGUUUUCCCGUUUUGACGUUGACGCUGAGUUGGAAAGAAAGUUUGAGUUGGAAAGAAAGUUAAAGGAGUUCCAUGAUCUAUUUGAUGGACUGAUAAAGGAUGGACUGACAAAGGAGAAUUUUAAGGUGUAUAAACUUCAAGCACACGCGGCUGAGAUCAAUGAAAAGGAAUUUCAACCGUCGCAUCUUGAAGAUCGUGUUGCUGAGAUGAAUGAAAAGUUAAAGGGGAUGGAUGAUUUAUAUCAGAAGCUGACACUGAAGAAGUUCAAGAUAAAGAAGAGAUCCUUUAAAGUGAUAAAUAUUGAUGGAGAGAAUGAAGCAAUUGAUGGAAAUCCAGAUAUCACAACUUCCAAGAAACAUGAAAAACAAGAUAAUACUCAUGAGGCAAUUGAUGGGAAUGCAGAAACCACAAUUUUCAAGAAACAUGAAAAACAAGAUCAUACUCAUGAGGCAAUUGAUGGGAAUCCAGAUAUCAUAGGUCUCAAGAAACAUGAAAAACAAGAUCAUACUGUAUGGGCUGGCUUCUUAGCACUUGAGGUCGGCGUAGCAAGUUGUUUAGGUAAUCCUUUCGAUAAGUUACCAAAAUUGUUGGAAAGCACAGGUAAGGUAAAGCAGCAAUCAGUUAUAAAUUCUGGAGAAGCACUUCGUGUGUUUGCCCAACCCAUAACAUGGAACGCAAUACUCUUUGGGAGUUUCAUUUUCUCAACAAUUCAUGCACCAUUGGGUUUUCGUGUGUCUGCAAACUCAAUCCAGAUGCUACUUUUGGUGUAUUGCAUUUUAGCAGAAGCAGAAGCAUUGUCUGAUUGUGCUGUUAUGUGGGGUUCAACUCAGAUCCCUGCUCUUCUGUUUGUUUGUGGAUGGGCCAUUGUUCCGGUGCUGCUUAUCGCCUCCAUCAUCGCGGGGCUGAAGUAUUCACGCUUCUCUCCAAAAUAGGUAAAAAAAAAUUUGGAUAUCUGUUGGGAACUAAAUCAAUGAUUUUCUCUCAUACACUGCUACUUCCUCUUAUCUGUUCACACUAAUAAUCAGUGACGAUUCCUUUUAGUGAGGAUGUGUAGUUAUUAGGUUGCGAUUGCCAUCAAAUGAAAUUGAGAUCGUCAUGGGUUUAAUCUGUUCAUAAUUUAGGCUUGUUUAAGAACAGUGAAAGUUUAUCUUAGAAAAGUGGUGGGUGCCAAUAAAAAUCUUCCAAAUUUCUUUC